AUGCUCCGCCAACCUCUCCUCUCCCUGCGCACCGCGCACCCGCCCAUCGCAACCCUCCGACCUCAACCUCGCACCCUCCUCCCACGCGCAUUCCACACAACCCCCAAACCACGCCCACGAUGUCUCCCAACUCUAUCCCCACGCCUUCCCCCAUUCACCCCCCAUCUCCGCAUCCCUAAAACCAACCAUCCCCACCGCCCCUUCAGCACAAGCAUCCCCCACUCCGCCCGCAACAGCUACAACCGCUUCAACUCCUCCUCCUCCCAACGCCCAUCUCUCUUCCACACGGUAAUCUCCCGCUCAAAACCACACCACUUCAUCCUAAUCGGCCUCGGGCUGUCAGGUGUGUACUUGUACAAUACCGAUGUGGUUGAAAUGACGGGCCGCCGACGCUUCAAUUGUGUUUCGCACGCGGCGGAGCUGAAAAUGGGGGAACAGAGUUAUCGGGAGGUUCUUGCGCAGUCGAAGGGACGGGUGUUGCCUGAUAAUCAUCCGUUGGCGCAGAUGGUUAAUCGCGUUUUGCAGCGGUUGAUUCCGCAGGUUGAUAUUGUGGGGGCGGAUUGGAGGGUGCAUGUUAUUGUUGAUGAUGGGAAUGCUAAUGCUUUUGUUUUGCCUGGGGGCAAGGUCUUCGUUUACACAGGCAUUCUGCCAAUCUGUCAAGACGAAGAUGGCCUUGCUGCGGUGCUGGGCCAUGAAAUCGCGCAUGUUGUCGCGAGACAUCCGGCUGAGCGUAUGAGCAAUAGCUUUUUGACGCUGGGGACGGUUUUCCUUAUUUCGUUGCUCUUCGAUGUUUCGGGGAAUUUGUCCAGUAUGCUGGUUAAUCUUAUGUGGAGUCUGCCGAAUUCGCGGACACAGGAGGCUGAGGCGGAUAACAUUGGACUGAUGAUGAUGGCCAAGGCAUGCUUCAAUCCUGAGGCUGCCGUAAGACUAUGGCGCCGAAUGCAAGAACAAGAGAAAGCCGCACCACCACAAUUCAUGUCUACUCACCCUUCAAGCUAUAACCGCGAAGAAGCCAUUCGAGGAUGGCUCGAGAAAGCUGAAACGAUCUAUGCGGAUAGUGGGUGCAGCACCUUUGGAAGCUAUAUGCCUAGCUUCAAGAAGGCGUAUCAGACGCAGAGUUCGUAUGGGUGGUGA